UCUGUUUGUGGUGUUGUGUGGUUUGAUUUGGUUUGGUUUUUAGCAAACAAGAAGAAGAAGAUAGAAGGAAGGAAGAUGCCGAGUCGCUGUGAGAUCUUCUGUGAAAUUCUGAUCGCCGUGUUGAUCCCUCCCUUAGGGGUUUGUCUAAGACACGGUUGCUGCACUAUUGAGUUUUGCAUAUGUUUGCUGUUGACUUUGCUUGGUUACGUUCCGGGAAUCAUCUACGCUCUCUAUGCCAUCGUGUUCGUGGAUCGCGACGAGUACUUUGAUGAAUACCGCCGUCCCCUCUAUGCCUCCCCCGCCUAACUUGUUUCCGUUGUUCAGGUAGAGACCAUAAAGCAGCAGCCUUUUGUUGGGAGAUGAAUUGCAGCCUGCAUGCAUCAAGUUCAAGUUGUUACUUCAGACCAAAAAAAAAGUUCAAGUUGUUACUAGUGCUCCUCUUCCUCUUUCUCUUGUCUUGGCAGCUGCAAAUAUGCAUAUACAUGCAUUUAAGCACGCUUUACUUCAAAGGGAAAGGAAAUCAAAUUAUUUCUUUAUACACCGAAGUUUAUACAAACCUUUUUUUAAUUAUUAUUUUCUAAUCGAAUGGAACAAUUUUAUAUAUAUUCUUUUUCUUUUUCUUUUUGUUACAAAAAAGGUGGUAGGGUCUAUCUCUUCGAGCCGAGUAUGGGUUAAAAGAAAGCUCACCUUAAGGAGAAAUUUUUAAAUGUAAGAGGUUCUUUACACCUGCGGAUGAU